UUUCACAGAGUUUGUUUCUUUUUCCUUUAUUUUGUCAUUUCCCGUUUAGCUCGACCAGAAAGCCGCCCAACGGAGUGGAUCCUUGUCGUCGAAGCCACAGUCAACGCCAAUGGAAUGACGAACAGCAGCCGGACUCAACUCGUUGUGCGACUACUAUCGGAAGAACAACGAUCCAAAGCGUGCGAAUCCAUGCGAAAGAUUUGCUUCGGUUCGGAAGACGGCCUCCGAUUCGAAUACUCCAUCCACGAAGUAGCCAGUGCCGGCACUGUGCUUGACUUCGUUAGGCCGCCGGCCACGCGAGCCCUCUGCCCGGAUUUGGAGCCGACGUACACCCUGCGCCAAGACGCUGACAAAUGGCUGGCCUUCGAUGAAAACUCCGGCCAGCUUCGCUUGACGCGGACUGUCUUGUGGAGCGAGUUGCCGGCCGCUGCGAGCUCCGUGGUGACGGCCCGGCUUGAAUGUUCAGUUCCAGGCCAACCAAACGAGACAGGCAAGGUUUCGCUUCAGGUUAAUGACUUGGACGACCAGCCACCAAGGGAACAAAGGGAGAGCGACCUUGUCUGCCGAACGUCAGUCAGAACUCUUCAAAAGGGUUACACACUGGGAUGUAGAAUAUCAGUGCUCGACGGAGAUUCAAAGAAUGCCAACAACCUGAAAGUCCGGGUGGAACAAGAUAUUCGAAACCUGUUCGAGCUUGCGGAGGCACCGUACGAGAUUUUUAUUACAGACAAGAAGAUGUCAUUUCUUAACGCAAAGAUCGCCGUCCGGAGCGCUGGUGCCUGGUUUCCGGGAGACAAGUACAGCUUCACGGUCAUCGUAGAGGACACUAGUCUUGUGCGCAGUGACGUACCUGGCAAGGUGACGUUCCAAAUCGAGAUAUCCAACAGCAGCACGCUGAGGACCCCGCUCACGCUUAAGGACACCUAUAACGUUUCUAUAUCAAGGAACGCUACGACAUUUGCAAGGAUCCUUACAUCGAUGACAGCGCCUGCCUCUAAUCACCGCUUUCGUCUCGUGUCGGACGAUGGUGACGUGACGGCUACAGCUGCGCACGCGUGGCUCGCGGUGACUCCGCGCACGGGCAUCCUUUAUGUCACAAAUUCACAACGACUGCGUGAGUUCAACAGCUCCGAAGCAGGCGUACUACUGGAGGCCUCCUGGGAAGAAGACGAGAAGAAGGGCCUUGCCCAGCGUCACCUCUACCGCGUCGAAGUGCAUAUCCAGGAUUACGAAGAUGGCCAUCAUGCGGAUCAGUGCGAAGGACGCCUGUGUGGCCAGCAACUGAGCGAGACCCAGUGCUUGGCGUCCUGUGGCCCAGGCACGGUUGACGGCCGCUGCCGCUGGCGCCAUGGCUCUGACACGCUGCACCUCUCUGCACAUUACAGCACCUGCACUGGAGAUCCAGAGAGUUGUCCCGAUGGCAUCUGUGACGAGCUAGAGCUUAUGCAGCCCACACUUUGCCCACAGGAUUGUGCAGAGCACGUGGUCGGCGAGGCAGUGGCAGGGCCCACCGGCAAAGGAAUCGAAAAGGCCAUGGGCAUCUGUUCAUGUGCCUCGGCCGAGAGUUGCACGUGCACCAAACUGCCUACCAAGCCUGCCAGCCGCGACAGUGUGCUAGUCGCCCACCCGUGGCCGCCAAGUGCCCAUGAAGACAGGCAGCGCUCAUAUGGUCAACAACCUGCGAUUUCCGACCUUGGGCGGUGGCCAGAGCCUAGUGGGUCAGCGGCACCCACUGCCGCAACAUCCUGUGGAGCGGGUUGUGUGGCAUCACUAUGCCUGGCUGGCCUGCUGGUAUCAGCCCUGGCAGUGGCAGCACUGGUGGCACUUGUACGAAGGCGACGUGUGGCUGCAAAGCACAAAUACCUGGGCUCCAGAGCAUCGCUGUCAGUGCCCUCAGACUACGUUGACAGCCGCAGCGCUGCUUCACCCCCUGCCCCUGAUGCCGCAGUGCAGGCCUCCACACCACACGCUGAAUCCGCGGCUGGAUCACCGUUUUCCAAGCUGCAGGCAAACGAGCAGUGGGAGUUCCCUAGGGAGAACCUCAUCCUGGAACAAAGUUUGGGCGAAGGAGAAUUUGGCCGCGUUGUUCUUGCCCGUGCCCGCGACAUCGGUGGUGUUCGAGGCUUCACCACGGUGGCAGUCAAGAUGCUGAAAGGUAACUGGACGCCAGCUGAGGAGCAAGAUUUGCUGUCUGAAUUUUGUAUGCUCAAGGAAGUAAACCAUCCCAACGUUAUACGUCUUCUCGGAGGCUGCACCACGAAAGGUGGACCACUUUAUGUGAUCGUGGAGUAUGCUCAACUUGGCUCUCUGCUAAAUGUGCUGCGACGUAGCCGGCACAUGGCCGGAGGGGGCGCCGACGUGACGGUUGUUUGCAACCCAACAUACAUGGCCCAGGAACCGUCACUGGGGGCCCUGGAAGAGAAUGCCGAGGAUCCUGUUCUGCCUGAAAUACCCAGUUUCAGCGAUCUGAUUUCUUUCGCCUAUCAAAUAGCGAAAGGGAUGGCAUACUUGGCCGACAUGAAGCUGGUGCACAGGGACUUGGCGGCUCGAAAUAUCCUUUUGGCGGAAGGAAACGUCAUCAAGAUAUCUGACUUUGGCUUAAGCCGAGACGUGUAUGAGGGUGACACAUACCUCAAGAAAAGUAGAGGAAGGGUGCCGGUCAAAUGGAUGGCCCUAGAAUCACUGGAAGAUCAAAUAUACACAAGCAAGAGUGAUGUGUGGUCCUUUGGCGUCGUGCUUUGGGAAAUUGUCACACUAGGUGCCUCACCAUAUCCUGGCGUGGGCCCCGAGCAUUUGUUCCGUCUUCUCAAGACCGGGUACAGAAUGCAUCAACCUGAAGGCUGUUCUGACGAAAUAUAUCGUAUGAUGCUCAGCUGUUGGCAGGCCAGACCACAGGAUCGUCCUUGUUUUAAAGAAUUAAGACAAAGAUUAGAAGAUAUACUGCAGGACUCUGCGUCCUACCUGGAACUCGGAGGCGUGCAAAAUCGUUCUUAUUACAAUCUGAACGGUGGAGUGCCUUUGAUGAAGCCCCUUCUUGAGGACCACUCAGAUGAUGGUGAAGGCAGCGAAGCUCCCGAAUAUGGUUGCAUGGAAUUCGAGCGCCGAGGACCAUUCGCUGAAGCGGGCGUGCCCGAAGAGAGCAAUGUCCACUUGCUGACAAAAAAGAACGGCUUCCUCGUUGACUCUCCCGUUGCCUGCUGGUUAGCGCGGCCUGACGUACUGACGCGAGAUGGUGGCAGCACUGAAAGCCCCAAGCAGCUCCUCUAGUCACCACGUACACGACACGCCUAAGCAGUUUAAGGUGUCCACUACACCGUGGGAUCCAGCUAGAUAACCAAAGAGCAUCUGGUCUAUAUUCAGUGCCAGAAAUUGCUGCUGUAGCAUGAUCACUGUUGCAGUGACGCUCCUGCUUACCUGGCCGCAAAGACUGCUGUGACUGCUUUGUGCCAGGAAGGCCAUAUCUCCAACAUUCCUCGGUGAAUUUUAUUCUUUGUGGUGGAAAUGGUUUACUGUAAGAAAGAAAAAAAACUGAACUGUAAAUAUCGCUCACAUACUUAAUAUCACCGUACACGACAUGUAUUCGUUAUCUUUUCUUUUUUUUCAUCAUCGCAUCUAUCAUGAAUCAUACGGCAGUUCACGCUGUGCAUGUCAGUAUUUUUUAUGCAAUGGUCCAGUUUAAUUUCGUUUAACGAAAGUAGCACUUGACCUAAGCAUGCUCUUGUUAUGUCGGAUAUUUGUUAUAUUGAUAUGUCUAUUACAAGAUGGCAUUUUGUUUAAGCUUUAUGUCAAGGCAGUCAACGAGGAGGGUCGUCGUCCAUCGAUUUAUUCCUCGGAGCGAGAGCGAAGCAGAGAACAGUGCUGCGGCGGUGGUGUCGAGCCUGGUCGAGAAAUAACGCGUACCUUCCUUUUGCUUUUGGUUCCAGCGGCCCUGACACGUUGCAGUCGCACGGGGCACCACUACAUCAACCUAUAUCUCUUCCAUGCUGAUAUCAGCAAAAAAAAAAAAAAGAAACUGGGUUUACUUCAUUGUACCUAAUAUAUAAUUUUCACCAUAUUUAUCCCGCCGUGUCAGCUCAGCACGUCGGGUGUCGCACUGCUAAGCUCGAAGCGCGGGUUCGAUUCGCGUCCUCGGCGGCCGCAUUUGGUUAGCGGCGAAAUGCAAACACCCAUGUGCUUAGAUUUAGCUGUUCGUUAAAGAAUCCCAGGUGGUCCAAAUAAUUCCGGAGUCCCCCACUACGGCGUUGCUCAUAAUAAUAUCGUGGUUUUGGAAAAUAAAAUCCAAGCAAUUAUGAUUACAUUUUCACCAUCCUUGCUAAGUUGAGGUCUUACUGUAAUAGUAGCUCAUUUGUUCAUUUCUUAACUCUAUAUACGUACCUUAGUUUGGCGUCUUGUUUUUUAAUGGUAGCUAUUUUUCCACGUCAGAGCCAAGACAUCCACUCUGUAGUUUUCCUUGGCUGACUAACAUGAACACGAGUGGCUGGUAGUGUCAUCUGAACGCUUUAAUAGUGCGGGUAAAUGUUUCACACCUUUUUUUCUUGGCAGGAAAAUUACGCCCAAUUGUAUCGUGUACAUCGGCAUUGUCGGAGUAUAGAUCUUUCACCUAGUGGCCCUGUGACAACGUUCAUUUCUUUUUUUUUUAAUUGGGUUCUACCACCUACUGUUUUUGAAUAAGCGGGAAUACUUGCCCAGACACCAGCACCCAUAUAUUUUGUACAUGUUUGAAAAAAAAAAAAAAGAAAUGUGGUAGACACCAGGAGAUAUUAUUCCAAAUAAAAUUAUUUAGUGUUUACUCUUGGAAUGCAUGAUCUCAACAUUGCCAAAUUUACCUUGUUUCUGGGACUAACUCCCACAGAAGGAUAAAUCGUACGAAAAUUCUAAUUAUGUUGAUACUCAACUGUUUAUAAAAAAAUUUUUCAAAAAAGGAAACCGCAAGAACAUGUACAAUGCCCUGCUCUGUGGUAGGAACUGAAACGUUGCUUACUUAAUUAAGCCGCUCACCUUUUUUGUCAUUUUCAUUUCUUGGGAAUUAGAUAUUCUCUUCUGUUCUUCGUCGACAAUGCCAUCUUAUCGCUUAUACGUCAUUUUAUCUGUUGUCUGAGAUGCACUAUCUUUUGAUCCGUUUGGACACCCUUCUUACAUAUAAUUAUUCUUUAGUAGAGUUGACAAUUUCAUUGUUCAAUAUAGAAACUAACGUGCAUUCUCAUUUUCAGAAGGAAAGAAAUUUUUGAAAUGUGCAAUAAUUGCGUAAAGGAUGCAACCACCUGCUAAGCCACUAAUUAUUGUGUUUUCUAUGCGGACAGUUAAAAAGUCAGAUUGGCCUGAGCUCGUGUGCUAAAAUUUCGUUUUUCUGAUAAGUUUCGUCCAUUAUUGUACGAUAUGCAUUUAUUUCGAUUGAUGUUUUGCUGGGAGAAUAGAUAUACUAAUUUUGAGGCGAGCAGAGCGAUGUAAGACUUAAUACGCAGCAGGCAGCACUGCGUCCAUCUUUAUCGAUGCCUUUUUAUUUUGUUCUUGUUUUUCACGGAUUGUCUCAAGUAUUCAGUUGCUCGAUCGGAGUCUGAGACCAGUCAUUCGUGUUUUUUUUCUUGUUGUUGUCUUGGCCACUGUUCCCUUUUAUUGGAGCAAUGAAGCAUUUGUUUAUACCGGCACUUGCAUGAAGCUACCGAUAAAGGCUGAAGCCGCGGCAGCCUUCCAUCUAUAAGCCGUGUACAAAAAUAUCGAACAUGCUAAAUUUGCUUUACUUUUUUGCACCAUUAUUGUGAGUUCCUUGUGCAUGUAAAAUUUAAGGUGCUGCUUUUGAAACAAAGUCAUUGCCACCGUUAAGAAGCGUAAACUUAAGGACCAAGACAAACUUUCCAGCUGCUGAAGCCUUAUCAGCAAGUGUCUUCUAACAAAACGUUUUCUGGGGCUGGGUUUAUACAUAAGUGAAUAAAGUUACCGGCAAUGCCAGAAAAGGCAAAGGUUGCACAGUGAUAUUCCACACGACUCGUUGAGUAUUUCUGAAGCAUAUUUUGGAUAUUGUUGCUCUGGUUGUUUCUACAGUGCCAGUGUAAUAUACAGCUCAGAAAUAUUGUACUUCGUGUAGUUUAUAUCCUGUAUGGAAGUCCAAAGCAUAUCACAUACAGGCUAGCACGAACUUGUCGUUUCCGUAGCCCGUUCUUUUCCGUUUAUUAUGACGAACAUGUUUCGGUGUUUCGCAAAGUGCACAGAUGAUACUUAGCAUUGUUUUUAUUGUGGUUGACAUGAGCUGCAUAUAACCUGCACGUAUAUUUUGACAACUUUUGAUUUUUCCACUUUACCAAUGUCUUGUCAGCACUUUGCAAGGUUCAGGGGAAGAUGGAGACGUGAAGUGAUGAGGAAUUGUUCAACAGAGAAUGUUGCUGAAGGCUUCAGUGACAUGCUCUGUUCGGCGAUUUCUCAGCGCUGUUAGCGCCUUAAAUUUUAUGGAGCUGAAUUCCCUACCACUGGUUUACCGGUACAUCGCACUUUUUCGCGCAGACAAGCAUACUCCAGUCAUAAAAACCUCACUUGUAAAAACCUCAGGCACAAGCAGGAUGAGUUAGCUAUAGCCGGUAUCCGGUAUUUUCAAAUAUUCGAUAAAAUAUGUAUAUAUUCCCUAUGGAUCGAAUAUCAGAAUGCGGGAUUAUUGAAUCUUGGCGAAGGAACGGAUGUCAACUUAAAAACGUGUAUAAUUUUGAGUGUUGGUUACAGUAAACAAGGCUCGUUCAAAUUAACUCAGGUUAUAUAUAAGAAUAAGCUGAAGAAUAUGUUUGUAGUGGCAAAUCAUUGCUUUUUUGUAACCUGUUGUAUUAUUUGCGCGAUAGCAUUUAUAUGGAAAC